GGGUAAAAUAAAAGUAGGUAAAAGGUCCCGCAGACUGCAGUGACAGCAGCAGGUCACAAACGCACUUUUCUGCGGGAAACACGGAAAAGGACGGAAAGUAAAAAUGGCCAAACAGCAGCAGCCGAUCAGUCCGCUGAAGAACUUCUUCGCUGGCGGUUUCGGAGGGGUUUGUCUCGUCUUCGCCGGACACCCGCUGGACACCAUCAAAGUGCGUUUACAGACUCAACCCAAACCCAAACCUGGAGAGAGACUCUUGUAUGCUGGAACCAUUGAUUGUUUUAAAAAGACUUUAGCCAAAGAGGGUGUGAAAGGACUCUACAAGGGAAUGGCAGCUCCAAUAAUCGGAGUCACGCCCAUGUUUGCUGUUUGUUUCUUUGGAUUCGGACUGGGCAAGAAGCUCCAGCAGAAAUCUCCUGAUGAUGUCCUUACGUAUCCACAGCUGUUUGCUGCAGGGAUGUUGUCGGGUGUUUUCACCACAGCCAUCAUGGCUCCAGGAGAGCGCAUCAAAUGUCUCCUACAGAUUCAGGCAUCAACAGGAGAGGUGAAGUAUGCAGGCCCCAUGGACUGCGUCAAACAGCUGUAUAGACAAACUGGAAUCAGAGGGGUCUACAAAGGCACAGCGCUCACUCUCAUGAGAGAUGUUCCAGCCAGCGGGAUGUAUUUCAUGUCUUAUGAGUGGUUGAAGAACGUCCUCACACCAGCAGGAAAGAGACUUAGCGCUGACAUCCCCACUGGUCUGAAGGAGCUGCUGCAGGGCUACACGGUGGAGGUGCUUCGUCACAGGCCUCCUAACUUGGCUGAGUUUGCCGUGCAGCAUUUCACCCGCGUCCUGGAGAACCAGAAGAACGAGCAGCAGUCCGAGAAUCUCAACACCAACCCUGCAGGGAGCGAGGUCCCUCCUGAAACUGCGCCAAACAAGUCCAGUGAAAACGAUGAAGAGGAGGAGGAGAGGGAGACUCCCAAGGUUACGAGAAAAAGACCUAAUCGCAGAGUUGCAGUUUGUGCGGAGGCGUAUAACCCCGACGACGAUGUGGACGACAGCACAGAGCCUCAGGUUGUUCAUCCCAAAACAGACGAGCAGCGCCAACGGCUUCAGGAAGCGUGCAGAGACAUUCUGCUCUUUAAAACUCUGGAGAAGGAACAGUUCUCUGAGGUUCUGGACGCCAUGUUCGAGGUUCUGGUCAAACCUCAGGAUCACAUCAUAGAUCAAGGAGACGACGGGGAUAAUUUCUACGUCAUAGAGCGAGGCGUGUACGAUAUUUUCGUGGAGAAGGAUGGCGUGCACGUGUGUGUCGGGAAGUACAACAACAAGGGGAGUUUUGGGGAACUGGCUCUCAUGUACAACACGCCUCGGGCUGCCACCAUCGUUGCCACAGAAGAGGGCGCCCUGUGGGGUUUGGAUCGAGCCACGUUCCACAGACUGAUUGUGAAAAACAAUGCAAAGAAGAGGAGGAUGUACGAGGCCUUUAUAGAGUGUGUCCCGCUCCUGAAGUGUCUGGAGCUCUCUGAGAGGAUGAAGAUCGUGGAUGUUCUGGGAGCUCGAGCUUAUAGUGAUGGGGAGCGGAUAAUAACACAGGGUGAGAAGGCCCACUGCUUCUACAUUGUGGAAUCAGGAGAGGUGAAGAUAAUGAUCAGAACCAAAACGAAGGCAGGCCAGCAGGAAAACGCAGAGGUGGAAGUGGCUCGGUGCUCCAGAGGGCAAUACUUCGGAGAGCUCGCCCUCGUCACAAACAAACCUCGUGCAGCCUCGGUAUACGCCGUGGGGAACACCAAAUGUUUAGUGAUCGACAUCCAGGCGUUCGAGCGCCUGUUGGGACCCUGCAUGGACAUCAUGAAGAGGAACAUCUCCCAGUACCAGGAGCAGCUGGUGGCACUGUUCGGCUCCAGUGACGAUUUGAAACACUAGAUUUCAAAUCGGUGCCCGUUACUUUCCACACUUUGCAACAAGACUUAACAGUUUUCUGUAGUUUAAUCUGGCAACCCAAAUAAUCCUCCAAGAUUACUAUAAACUUGAAA